AUGUGCCAGAUAGGCGUCUAUGCAAAUUGUGUGCCCUCUUCACCGGAGUCAGAUGUCGGAGCAAUACAAAAGGCACUCACAGAUUACGAGCUCAAAGCUCAGGAGAUGAAUGUGGGUGUGAAUUACAUGGCACUGGAUGAUGAACGUCGUCGACAGGAGCAUCUGUUGCGGGAGUUGAGGGAUCUCGAGGAGGAGAUAGCCUCGCUCAACCUUAACAACACCGAGCUACCCCACUUGGCUUCCAUUGUAGGGGCGGAGUUGAGCUACAACACAAAGUGUCUGCAAUACUUGACCGGUAUAUCCGAACUUGAAAGAAGCAUUGGCGAGGUGGCUACUCAUUUCGCUGAGAGAUCCGUUAAAUUGAGUGACCCAACUACCCUUCAUAAGAACAUUGUGACCUACAAAACCCUCACUGAUAAUGUGAAAAGUUGUUGGACCUAUGUGGAUCAGCUCGCUACUCUUGCACAAAUCCAUCUCAAGACCGCCGCUGAGUACCAUCAAUUCUAUUACGAAGCCAACGAGAUCGAAGCCAAGUUGGAGAAGCAAUUGAUGAUCGCCCAAAAAGCACACCAUUCUGCCACUAUGCGCCGAUCUCACAAGGAGGCCACCAAAGUUGCAAACGAGAUAAGGGAGCAACUAAACGUAAUGCAAAGCUUAUGGCAGCGCAGCAAGAACUUGGUAAAGCGGAGCGAGACAAUAGUUCCCAUUCGCUUGCGCCUGGGUGGUGUUGCCAAAGGCGUGGCUAUCAGAGACCCCAGCAACCGUCCGGUGAUGGUGAAAGCAAUGGUGAGCCUCACCGGUCCCGAUUACAAGAUUCAAAAGGGAGAGCAUCUGCAACUCAUCGAUAACAGACAGGAUUCCCACCUCUGGCGUGUUCAAACCUCUUCAGGCAUCGUUGAGGUGCCCUCUGUUUGCUUCUGGCUCACAGACACUGAUUCUGAAGCCACUGAACGGGCAAUAAGGCAAGCUUCCUUGUUGAACGUGUAUCUGUAUAAGGGAACGCUACACACCUCAAGACCAUCAUUAGGAGACCACCGACUGGAACGACUUCAGUCGGGUGACAUUAAUCUGCGCGAGCCAGACAUCGUGCAGAUCCGAGCUCCGUUGCUGCGCUUGCAGGACCACCUUAUGGCCGUUGACCAGAUGCAGCAGGAGAUGAAACUACUCAACGACCACAUUGCAGACUACCUCUCUGAGAUUGACAACGAGAGGUGGCAGAUAGCUCACAACCUGGAUCACUUAAAUCGUUUGACAAAACAGAGCGAGCAACAAUUAAAUGACAUGAUAAGGAAGAUGGAUUUGCUGAAAACCCAGCAUGAAAGGAGGCUAUAUCAGCAAUCACCAGGUCGUCUGAAGGUGCAACCGCUGAUCAUACCCGAGCAGAAAGAGCAACCUAAACGGAGCCGUAGCCAACCGCGAAUGACUGUGGUGAAUGCGAUUUCAAGCUCAACUGCCUCCUCCGACUCCGAACCCACCUCCGAUCCUUACAUCCGAAGUGGUGGACGACGGACCAAGAGUCAAGUGAUGUACUUAGACGCAAUGGUGCAGAUUGGUAGCAAAAGCAAGUCCGCCGAAACUCAGCAUCAGGACGGGAGAAUCGAAGCUGGCAGACGCAUUUCGCAGGAACACAAGUCGGUCCAACUCGAUUCAACACAGCCAUUAAAAUUAGCAGCUCAGACUCAAAUCGGCUAUAGUGUAAUUGAUGGUGGAGUCCAAGUGGACACAUCGUCCCUGGAAUCUUACAAUUUGCUAAUCAAACAUGAUACAUCCAAGAAACGGUCAAGAAGUCUCACACCUAGCUCUGAGGACGAUGAGGGUCAUGAGUACAUUACAGAGGUUGCGGCGGCCGCUUCCCUGCAAGCCACCGCAAAUAAGGGCAAGCGUAGAUACACUGCUGCGGCACAAUCAGGUCCACUGUCGAAAAGAAAGUCGUCUUCUCUCACUAGUCUGGUUCAUAGUUGCACCCAACUUGGCCUAGUGACGACUGACAAGGCUGUGAGUCCGGUGCAAGAACUUGAUACUACUCAAAGUUGUCCAUACUGUCACUCAAAAAUCCUCUUGAGUUCUCAAACUCAAAUUGGUGAAAUUUAUAGCGGGUCAGAGAAGUAUCAAUAUUACCAAAAUUGUGAGGUUAACUCAGAAAGUAGUUCGCGUCAGCAUCGCGUUAGUAAAAAGGUUCAAAGUGGCUAUCCCUGCUUGACGGAUAGGGCAAAUCUCUAUUGCCAGUGCGACGUGCUAGGACCCAUAACAAGCAACGAGGGCACAGAAGUUGCAUCUACCCCUUGCCAAAGGGCAGUUUCAUCAGAACAGUUUAAGAUGAACAGUUAUGCUCAGAUUGGUGUUCUUUAUUCGAAUGCAAGACAACAGGCUGGCAUUUCUGACAAUGAUGUAUUGUCAGCUUCAACACAAGUAGGAAUAGUCAACAGGGAUCAUUAUCAAAAAAGACACAUCAUGCAUGAAAGACGAAGUGGACAAGCUCAAACUAGACCCAGAAGCAUGCAAGAACUGAGUUCCUUCUCAGGUGUAAAGGAAUAUCUUCCAUAUGAGGAGAAUAAGUACGUCACGGCGGUUUCGAUGCGACCUCAUGCAGCCAAUUCAUCGACUCAAAUUGGAUCUAUCCUAUCGGGAGGCUCCGUGCAGGCUAACAAACCUAAUAACAGCGGUGUCAUAUCCAAACGCUCCCAAGUUGGCUAUUCACAUCUUGGCAGACGCUCGCAUUCUUACACGCAGGUGGGACAACUCUGCCAACAAGCGGGAAUACAGAAAGGUCAUGUUGAGAUCAAUGUCGAACCCGAUAUGAUGCCAAUUGCCCAAGUCCCAACUUCAAUGCAACAGUCAGCACCACCUUCAAAGGAUCAUCGAAAUGCAAUGUCUGUUCAAGUGACACGGAAAUUAUAUGACGAUACUACUCAAAUAUCUCAUGUUCUGUCGCAUGACGAAGUGCAAACACAAAAUCUACCAAACUUCGCCAUUCGCCAGCAGCAGCUUCAAGUGUACGAUGUGCACAGGCAUAAGCCUCGACGGUCUUCCUCUGUACCGUCAAUUCAGUUUUCAACUGAAACUCAAGUUGGUCCAGUGGUAAUACAUGAAAAUCUCAGUCCGAUUGCCAUGAACGGGUAUGUCACUACAAUUCGACCAGCCGAGAUGGUAAAUUCACUGGCUACACCCAAAACGAUGAGGAGCAAACGAAUACAGUCAGUGAGCAUUCCAUCUGCAAGACAUGUUGAAAUGCAAAUCGGUCAGCUUCUUCAGGAGUCUGGAACUCAGUCGCUGGCGGAUUUCGACAACUUUGAGGAGACGCCGAUCGCACCAACCCUUCUCUCGGUCCAGCAAAAAGCAAUCUCAAUGCCAAAUGUGGGUGUUGCAGAAGCCCAAAUUCAUCCGACGCUACAUGGAAAGAAAUUGCAGGUGUCAAUCGCAAUGGAUGUGCCCUCUUGUGAAAAGAAGCAUAAUAAGAAACUACAAGUUAGCGUAGUCCCUUCUAAAGAGAUGUAUGAUGUCCAGGUUGAAACAAUGCCAUUUUUACAGAAAGAGCACUUUGACGUUAGCUGCGAUGCAAUGAUUCAACAAAUAAAAAUUCCAAAAAAAGUUCAGGUUUCUAUGAUGGAAAGUAGCCCAGAAAUUCCAAUGACUGUCAAUCAAGGUCCAGUCUACGCAUCCAUGCCAUCUCAAAGUCCUGUGGAGGCGAUUCCGCUGGUGCAACCGGAAAUGGCAUUACAAGUUCGAUCAGCUCCUCCCUCUCGACUCAUAGACGCAGCUUGUGAGGCAAUAACCGAUGCUAAAUACUUCGAUGCCAAUUGUCAGUGCGAUGAUUUCAAACCUAUGACAAUGGGUAAGAAGUUGCAAGUGGAGCUGGGAGGGCAAAUGACAACGUCGGACAAGACUAGCGUCGCUUGUGAUUCAAGUGAUUUGGUAAAGACGGUUGGUAAAAAAUUGCAAGUUGAAAUAAACGGGCUUAAUCAGACGACUUCAAAGACGAUGCAAGACGAAACUUGUACGACAUUGAAUGAAAUAAAGAUGUAUGAUGCAAGCCAACAAACAGCCAUUAUAGACGAACCACCACCGAUUUUUACUCAAGCAACCUCACAACCGGUUUAUUCUGCUCCACCAAUGCCUCAAAAUGUAAAUAUGUGUGAUACGGCCUGCGAGGCCCUAAGAAAUGAAUCAGCUUGUGACGGUUUCACUCAGUCAGAAAAGGUUCGAGGUGUCGGAAAAAAACUUCAGGUGGCUAUUGAAAUUGAGGAUCCGAUAAAAUCAGUGUAUGAGAUCGUCUCGAUGCAAGCCUAUUCCAAAGACACUUUUGUCUCUCUAUCCGAACCAGUAAGGAUGGAACCGGUGCAUGCUGCGGCCCCAUCGAAGCCAGAUGUCAAUACAGAAGACAGAGAAUGUGAAGCACUAUCCAGAAACGAUUUCUUCGAUGCAAGCGUACAAUCUGUAGAAGUCACACCACCCAAGCCAAAUGUACUGGGUAAGAAGUUGCAAGUAUCCUUACCCAAUCUCACAACUUCAACAAUUCAAGUGGAACAGCGUAGCAUUGAAAAACCGCUGGGAUUCCCUAAGGCUAUUCAAACCGAUGGGUUUCAUCCAGAGCCAGCUCCACAACUUGUACCUCUUCAAGAGGCACCAAAGGUGUAUUCCGCACCACCACUUUCCCAACCCCGAACUUCAACUGAGGAUAGAUCAUGUGACGCUACCGCAAAUGUUAGCACAUUUGAUGCUGCUGUUCAAGCUCCAGGAACACCAAAACCUGAAUCGUUUGGGAAAAAAUUGCAAGUGGAUCUAGUGCCCUUGGUAAUAAUGAGUUCACAAUCAACCGUAGAAGUUCAACCACCAACACAACCUAUAUACUUGGAAAAUGCUGCAAAAGUAUUUUCAGCUCCACCUCCGUUGGAAAAACCAAAAGUUCAAACAGAAGACAAAUUUUGUGACGCUAUGACAAUACCUGUAUUCGAUGCUGGUGUUCAAAUAGCUGGACAGGAGAAACCAGAGGCUACUGUCGUAGGCAAGAAGCUUCAAGUAACACCACCCUCUUUGUCUCUAGUAACAGCUCAGACAAUGAUCGAACAAUCUCCUCCACAAGUCAUUAAAGUAGAUGAGGUAUCCAAGGUAUUCUCUGCGCCGCCAAUGCCCUCACAGACAAAAGUUCAAAUGGACGACAAAUCAUGUGAUGCGCUUGAUUCUGCUACUUUAUUCGACGCUGGAGUGCAGGCAGCGGAAAUUCAAGCACCAAAGACAGCAGGUGUGGGAAAGAAACUCCAAGUUGCUCCACCGGCUCUGGCGGUUGUCAGCUUGCAGUGCGUUGGCGCGAUUGCAACACCGGAGAAACCGCAUGUUGUUUUGGAAGUGUCCGGUGUACAAACUAUUCAAGAGCCAGCUGUUACUAUCCCAUCGCAAGUAGUACGUGUUGAGGAGUCGAGCAGGGUGUUUGCUGCUCCACCACCGAAACCGUCCAUUCAAACAGAAGAUAAAUCAUGUGAUGCGCUUGAUUCUGCUACCUUAUUCGACGCUGGAGUGCAGGCAGCGGAAAUUCAAGCGCCGAAAGCUACAAUUGUAGGGAAGAAACUCCAAGUCGUUCCACCGGCUCUGGCGGUUAUUAGCUCGCAGGGCACCGGUGUGAUUGCAACACCGGAGAAACCGCAUGUUGUUUUGGAAGUGUCCGGUGUACAAACUAUUCAAGAGCCAGCUGUUACUAUCCCAUCGCAAGUAGUACGUGUUGAGGAGUCGAGCAGGGUGUUUGCUGCUCCACCACCGAAACCGUCCAUUCAAACAGAAGAUAAAUCAUGUGAUGCGCUUGAUUCUGCUACCUUAUUCGACGCUGGAGUGCAGGCAGCGGAAAUUCAAGCACCAAAGAUAGCAGGUGUGGGAAAGAAACUCCAAGUUGCUCCACCGGCUCUGGCGGUUGUCAGCUCGCAGGGCACCGGUGUGAUUGCAACACCGGAGAAACCGCAUGUUGUUUUGGAAGUGUCCGGUGUACAAACUAUUCAA